AUAUCCUAAAGCCCCUCUGCCUCUCUCUCUCUCACCUCCUGUCCCCUCUCCUCUCCGUGUCCGGUGGAGCUUCUCCACCUCCGGCCAAGAUCUGGAACCAGCGAGGGUGCCCGGCGGUUCUCAUCCCGGACCCCGACUCUUUCCUCAUCUCUGCAACCUCUGGAUCCUCCAUCUGCCCCCCUGCAGGAUCUGGAAGCUGCACCCGUCGGGGGGAGAAGCAAGCAGCACAUCCAGCCCGCUCGAGCUCGCUCAUCUGACCUCACCACUGAGCUUCCGCAGGAUCUUCACAUCCCCAUUCCAUUGACAACGUGAAAGAGAACAUGUGACGGGGCUGCCAAGCUACAUGACAACGACGCCGAUUGCCGAAUGCCGAGACACCGCGCACGCUCUUGCAGAUAAAGAUGAUCGGUUGAUCGACGUGGUAUUUGUACCACUUUGCUGUCCGUGAAAGCCCGCUAUAUAGGUGGUGACAUCAAGUGAUCAAGAUUUUAUGGUGCGCAAGAGGUUGGGUUAUAGUUCCCGUGGCCAUCGAAUUCCAACUAUGCCACGUGUUCCAAACUCAGCUCGGGGGAAACGUUCUACCAGAAGAAAGAAAGAUGAGAAUGAUGAUAUGUGUGCAAUGGAUUUGCUCGCAACUGUGGCAGGAAAGUUACUAGCAGAUCAGGACAAUUCAUCUAGCGUUCCUAAUACCAGUGCAGCGAAAGCUAAAAAAAGGAAAUCAGUUAAGGAAGAACACUUUGAUGAAAUUCCGCCUCUAAAAAAUGUGGCUAUGGAGAAAGAUGUGGGUUCUGGUAGCGUUAGUGCCUUCCCUAGGCAAGCUAAAAACUGCCUGGCAGAAAACUCAUCGACAAGAAAUGGAGCUGAUACAGUAUUAGAGUCACUAACAGUGAAAUCAAAUAUGCUAGCAAAAAUUCCUGAGUGUGGAUCUUAUGGAAUACACCAUGCAGGCUCCUCAAGUUCAGCAGAGCCUGAACAAGUGCAUCAAGCUGAACCUAAAGUGAGCAGAAGACAAGCAGAUGGACAUCCUGUGGCUUAUGGUAUAUUUAACUCCGUGGAUGUGGAUGGCAAACCUCCGGCUUUGGUUAGUUCUGACAGUAGCUCGUGUGUUCCUCUGAGCAGCCAUGACAAGGAACAUCAAACCUCUUCCUUGUAUCGGGGUGUAGUGCAGUAUACUGCAGAUAGAGAAGAUGAUGAAAAUUCUUCUGGGUGCACGCAUCCAAGCACCAUAGAAAGUAAGGGUUGCAAACCACAAUAUCUAGGUAACCAUAGGAUAAGGAAAUUGCUUGCCUCGAAGGUAAGGAAGGCAGCACGUAAUAAGAUUUGUGGAGGGAUUCCAUCAAAAAAGAUCUGUGGAGGGUUGUCAAAAAAAGGUAGCAAGCUAAACUUAUGUGGGAAAAAGAUGUCCACCACACACCAAAAGGUGCAAAGAAUGAUUUUCAAAAAGAAAAAGCUAACGCACCGUACAUCUUUUGCUAAGGAGAUGCUAACUGAAGCUAGUGGGACAUCAUUUGCUAUGGAAGGUCAAAAUAAAUCAUGUGAAGCUGAGAAUUACCAUGUUAAGCUAAGAAUCAAGUCAUUCAACAUCCCAGAAUUGUUCAUUAAGGUCCCAGAAAAUGCAACCAUUGGAUCACUGAAGAGAGCUGUUAUGGAUGUUGUCAAUAGUAUAAUGGAAGGUGGCCUACGCGUUGGUGUUCUUCUUCAAGGAAAAGAUAUCCAAGACGACAACAAGACACUUUGUCAGGCUGGGAUAUGCCACGAUAAAAAGCUAAAUAACAUAGACUUCACGCUGGAGUGCGAGCGUGAGCGCGAGCCUCCCUCUGGAGUCAUUAUACAAGAACAGAUGGAUUUCCUCACCACAGAUAUGGUGGAGCCAUUAGCUAGGAUGAAGUGUGAGGAACCUUUUCCUGAAGCCGACGUCGGAGAUGACAGCCAGCAGCCUAGAGCGCCUUAUCGAAGCCGCUCUCUCUCUGACCUGUACUCUGUCCAUUGUCCUGUUCAGAUGGCUUCACAGGACACGACGGCGAGCUCCCAGGCCAUCGUCCCUGUUUCGCCUGCGCCUUCAGACGUGGGCGCUCUAGCCAUUGUGCCCCUUUGUAAGUCCAAGGGGUCUGAAGUCGGGCAGAGGCGCAUGAGGAGGCCCUUCACUGUCGGCGAGGUUGAGGCGCUGGUGGGAGCGGUCGAGCAGCUUGGGACUGGAAGGUGGAGAGCUGUUAAAACGCUUGCAUUCGACAGUAUAGAUCACCGGACCUACGUCGACCUCAAGGACAAGUGGAAGACCCUGGUUCACACUGCGAGCAUAUCCCCGCAGCAACGAAGAGGGCAGCCGGUUCCACAAGAACUUCUAGACCGUGUCCUCCUAGCGCAGGCCUACUGGUCCCAGCAGCAGCAGCAGGCGAGGCUCUAGGACAAGCCCCGCGGCAAGGCUCCUCUCCUCUUCCUGAGAUCUGUUUUCCAAGGGAAAGCUUGUACUUGUCCUAGAUUGGCAACCUAUAUUGUUUAUUUUACCCUAUAUUGUUUAUUUUACCAAACAAAGAUGCUAACAUAUAGAUUGGCAACCUACAACACCUAUAGAAAAUGGCUGCAGGCUGCUAUGACAAAUUAGUCACUGUCAGUGACUGACAUC